AUGGACUCGUUCAUCCAGACCCGACCAUCAUCCCCAUCUCACCGAAACGUCUUGGAGGGAAUACGUAUCAAUUUCAGAAUCUUUCAGAACAUUUUACCCUGGCAGAAGUGCCAAAUGUCAAGUCGAUCGAUGAAGAUAUUGCAGAAAUGUGGAGCAGAGACGGAGCGCAAGAUCAAUGACUCCUCUCUAGUGUACCUUGAGACUUACUUGAAUAUUACAUUCCUCUUGAAGCAGAGACUGAGUGCCUGCGAUGUCGGGAGGAAAGAUAUGCAGGAGAUGGAGGGAGUACGGAUGUGGACGGUGGGGGAAGUUGUAUUCAGCCAAUAUGUUAUAGUAAGAUACAUAUGCGACCGAGCCAUUCCCGUCGUGUUCGGUUCCCUUGAUGAACUCCUCAUUGGAGUAAGAUGGUCCGGUAAUAUUGAAGGUGUCUGGCCUCAAAAGCAUCCACCAGCAGAUGGCGCACCAACAAAGCUUGGAAGUCAGGAGUUUUUAACCACGGACCUGUUUCAGGGCAAUGCACCACAUACGAGCCCAAACGAGAAAGAUCUCGAGAAUUUCCUUGCAUGA